AUGGUUAUUUCACUUAGAAAGCAACUCGUUUUGAGUUAUCGUGUUAGUCAUCGAGGUGACUUUAAAGAUGUUGAAUAUGCAAAACAAAUUUUAGCAAUGAUUAUGUUCGUCUAUCAACGUCACAAAAAGAUGGUAAAUGACUAUCUUCAAUUUUACGGUGUUUUGUUUGAUACGUAUUCCUUUCUGCUUGACACUUUCCGUGAUAUUGAUGUAAUCAGAGCCAAUAGUCGGUUCGUUUGGGAGGAAGGCGAUAAUCCAGUUAGCUGGGAGGAAAGGUUGGCAAAGCGUUACUGGGACCGUCUUUUUAAGGAAUACUGCAUAGCGGACCUUUCGCGCUAUAAACACAACAAACUUGGUCUUCGUUGGAGAUCCGAGAGGGAAGUGGUUUCUGGGAAAGGCCAGUUUGUCUGCGGCGCCGUCGACUGCAAGGAGGUGAAUUUUCUUCGUAGCUGGGAAGUGAAUUUUGCGUACACCGAGAAGGGUGACAGGAGAAAUGCCCUCGUGAAGCUGCGACUCUGCCCAUCUUGUUCACACAAACUGAACUAUCACAAACAGCACGCUGAAUUUGUUGCCUCGGGUAAAACUGCAGACGAUCGGGGCACUGACGACUCCGAAUUGGCCCCCAAACGUCCUCGUGAACCCACUCCAGAGGGUGUCAGUGAAAGCGACGCCUGGAAGGCGGUCCCAUCCACCGAACAGCAGCGGCAGCAGUCGCAGCCAACCACGGAGGACGAGUUUGAGGACUACCUGAAGAAUAUGUUUAUGUAG